CGCCUGUCAGCAUCCGGCUCCGUCUUUCUCUCCACCGCACCCAGCACAGCCUCGCAUCCGCCCGAGGUACAAGAGGCAGGCGACGGCACACCCUACCCUCUCGGCACCCAUCAUCCACCAUGUCGACGGGCGCCGCCAUUCCCAAGACCCGGCCCUCGGGCUCGUACGCGCCCGCCUCGCUCGCGCAGCGCAGCUCGCUCCUCGCCGCCGUGCUGUCGCAGGGCCUCAGCAUCAACACGCUGCGCCACGUCGUCUUCGUCUACUUUGUCCACUCGCACCUGCUGCGCGCCUGGCGCCAUGUGCGCGCGUACGGCGUCACGCCGUCCAUCUACCGCCUCUACCUCACCCUCUCGCGCGCCGUCAUUGCGCUCAUGCUGCGCAUCCCCGCGCUCAAGCGCAAGGUCAAGACGGAGCUCGACGCGGCGCAGGCGGGCAUCGAGGCCAAGCUCGUCGUGCGCCCGCCGCCGGGCCUGCGCGUGUCCGAGACGAACCACGCGCUGCCGCAGCACGGCAAGGACCGCGACUGGGUCAUCGGCGCACUGCAGGAGCUGCAGCGCCUCGAGACGGGCAAGGGCGCCGAGGAGGACGGCGAGCAGGUGUGGCGCAGCGGCCGCAUUAGCGGUGCCGUGUAUCACGGCGGCGACGAGAUGAGCGAGGUCAUCACGCAGGCCAUCGGCCGCUUCAUCCUCACGAACCCGCUGCACCCAGACGUGUUCCCGGGCGUGCGCCGCAUGGAGUCUGAGGUCAUCUCGAUGGUGCUGCGCAUGUACAAUGCGCCUCCGACCGCAGCCGGCACGACGACGUCGGGCGGCACCGAGUCGAUUCUGAUGGCGUGCAAGGCGGCGCGCGACUGGGGCAACGCACGGCGCAUCAAGCGGCCCGAGCUGAUCUGCUCGCGCUCGGCACACGCGGCGUUCCACAAGGCGGCAGACUACUUUGGCGUCAAGCUGAUCGAGGUGGAGGUGGACCGCGUGUCGCGCAAGAUCCGUCUCGAGCAGGUGCGCCGCGCCAUGAAUGGCAACACGGUGCUGCUCGUCGGCUCGGCGCCGAGCUUCGGCGAGGGCAUCAUCGACGACAUUCCGGGCCUGGCGGCACUGGCCAAGCGCGCAGGCAUCCUCUGCCACGUCGACUGCUGCCUCGGCAGCUUCCUCGUGCCGUUCCUGGAGCGCGCCGGCCAGCCGAGCGAGCCGUUUGACUUCCGCGUGGACGGCGUGACGAGCAUCAGCUGCGACACGCACAAGUACGGCUUCGCCCCGAAGGGCUCGUCGGUCAUCAUGUACCGCAGCAAGGAGCUGCGACGCUUCCAGUACUACGUGCAGCCCGACUGGACCGGCGGCGUCUACGCCUCGCCCUCCAUCGCCGGCUCGCGGCCUGGCGCACUCAUUGCGGGCACAUGGGCAGCGCUCAUGACGAUGGGCGACGACGGCUACACGCAGUCGUGCGCCGGCAUCGUCGGUGCGGCGCGGCAGAUCGAGUCGGCGAUCCGCAACGAGAUUCCGCAGCUCAUGGUGCUCGGCAAGCCGCUCGUCAGCGUCGUGGCCUUUGCGAGCGCGGGCAAGGUCAACAUCUACGAGGUGGGCGACCACAUGAGCAAGAAGGGAUGGCACUUGAACGGCCUCGCCACCGAGCCGCCGGCGAUUCACAUCGCCUGCACGCGCCUCACCAUCCCGGUCGUCGACGACUUCAUCUCCGACCUCAAGGCCUCGGUCAAGGAGGCGCGCACACGUGCGGCACAGCCGGGCGCCAUGGCGCAGCUGUACGGCCUGGGCCAGACGAGCAUUGGCCCGGGCCUCGUGGGCGAGAUGGCGGCGCGCUACAUCGAUGCGCUCACCACCGUCGCCGACUAGACAUUCAGCCCUGACCACCAGACUAGACGUGUGCUGCCCCUGUAUUCCCCGCCCGUCUCCGCUACGACACGUCUAAUGUACGAUGCAUUGACAGAGAGAGG